AUGGAAAAAAUCUUUAAAAAUUUGGAAUAUAAGGACAUACAUUCAUGUUUACUAGUUAAUCGUCUUUGGUGUGAAAAUUCCAUUCCUAUUUUAUGGAGAACCAUUUGGAACUAUAAUACUUUAAUUGCUUCGCUUCCCAAAGGAUCAAAAAACAUACUAAGUAAGAAUAAAAUCAACAUUAUAAACCAGAAUUCCAACCCUCCAUUAUUCAAUUAUACGAAAUUUAUCAAGAGCCUUUCAAUCGAUGAAAUCGAUAAAAAUAUUGGAAAACUUCUUAAGCAUCAUAAAUCACCAAACCUUAACUAUAACAAAUACUUGGUAACGCAGGAAAUAUUUAAAAUGUGCAUGAAUCAAAUUUAUUCCCUAAGGGAAUUGGCCUUUCCUCAUUUGGUAAGAUACAUUCCCUUCACAAUUUACCCUGGGGCGACCGACUGUUUGAGAUACCUUUCAGAAUUAAGCUGUAGUUCAAACAUUUAUUCGGAAUUCUUUUAUCAGUUAUCACACAUUUGUCACGAGAUACAAUCUUUGAACAUCACUUUCAAUAAUGUCAUUUCGAACGGAUUGAUACAAUUAAUUACCGUUCAAAAGAAUUUGAAGUAUUUGACAUUCGAAGGGUUUGACGAUUUAGAAAUGGUGAUUCCUUUAUUAACGAAACAUUCCACAAAUUUAAUGGAAUUAAAUCUUUAUGGUCAUCUUCCUAUACCUUUGUCAUUUAUCGCUGAUUACACCAACCUACGAGAACUCGUAUUAUCUUUUGAUCGUCAUUAUGGUUUUGAAAAUUUUGAAAUGUUACAAGAUGUUUCCCUUCCUCGAUUACAAAUUUUGAAAUUUUCAUACGGGGGUUCCAAUCAAGAUUAUUUGAUUAAAUUCUUGGAAUGGAAUGGAAAGAAUUUAGAAGAAUUUACCGUUGAUGGUAUUAAUAAUGAUUCGAUAAAUUUGGCUGUAGCCAAAUUUUGUCCAAACCUGAAAUCUUUAUUCACCGUAUUUUUGAAAAAUGAAAUAGAAACGUUAAAAAUAAUCUUUAACACUUGUCAACAGUUGGAAUGUAUUAGGGUUUGGUGUGGUGGUGAAUAUCUACCUGAAGACGUUUUGUUGAAGGUUGUCGCAAAUCAUUCCCCCCCAAAAUUUCAUGAAUUAAAAAUGAAUUAUGAAUGUAAAGGAAAGCGACUCUUUAUAAACUGGAAAUAUCAAAAUAAGGAUCAGAAAAAUAAAAUCUUGCCUUAUUAUGAACAAGAAGAUGAACAUGAACAGUUGAAUGAAUGGUUGAAUCAGGAAUGGUGGAUUCGAAAAAGAACCGAACGGUUGUCGUUGUUAAAGAAUCGAAACGAAAAUGAAAGGUCGAUGGGUCAAAAUGAAAUUGUACGAUCGGAUGAAUGGAUAAGUCGGUCAAUCGGUCUAAAUAGAAGAAAUGAACGGUUGAAUGAACGGUUGAAUGAACGAUCGGUAGAAUGGACAGGUCGACCGAUUGUUCUAAAUAGAAGGUUGAAUGAACGACGGUUUGGUGACUGGGCAGAUCGGUCGAUAAGUAUAGAAAGAAGAAACGAUUUGUUGAAUGAACAGUUUAAUGAAAGGUUGGUAGAAUGGACAGAUCGGUCCGUGGGUCAAAAUACAAAUGAGUGGUCAAAUGAACCGACACUUCGAGAUGAAAAUGAUAAGAAGCUUAAUCCUAAAGAAGAAUUAGAGUCCUUUUUUACAAAUUGGACAAAUCGUGUACCAAAAAAAUCAUUUUCUUUGAUUUUUAUCAGUCAGAACUGUUCAAUCACAACAAAGUUGGAGGUUAAAAAGGGUAGUGUUGAAGUAAUUGAAAAAUAUAAAGAGUUGGGCGUCGUUAAAAAGUUUGAAAUUAUUGACUUUUAUGAUUUUGAGCUAUAA